UCACACACUCAUAACAACAUGGCUGAUUGGGACGAAGUUAAAAAGUUAGCAGCAGAUUUUCAGCGUGUACAACUCAGCAGUACAAAACAAAAGUUAUCAGAGAGAAAUGUGAUUGAGAUAGUCACAAAACUUGUAGAAUUUGGCCAGCUUGAAGUGAUCUAUACAGUAGAUGGAAAAGAAUAUAUUACUCCACAAGAACUAGUCAAAGAAAUUAAAGAGGAACUUCUUGUACAUGGAGGUCGUGUAAAUCUUGUAGAGUUAACGCAGAUAUUGAACAUAGAUUUCAGUCAUAUUGAAUCUAAAGCAAAUGAGAUUGUUAGCCGAGAGAAAAAUAUCAUGCUUGUCCUGGGACAACUGAUUGAUCAGCGUUACAUGGACAAGCUUGCAGAAGAGGUGAAUGAUAAGUUACAAGAAAAAGGUCAUGUGACCAUACCAGAGCUUACUAAACAGUAUGACCUGUCAGCAGAAUUUCUUGUCAAGAACUUGCAUUCGCGGUUUGGAACAAUUAUCAAAGGUCAGAUAGACAGUUAUGACAGAGAUGUCAUAUUUACCGAUGCCUUUAUUCAAAGAAUGCGAGCACAGAUCAGAGGGGCUUUCAGUGCUGUAACUAGGCCUGUUUUGGUUGGCUCAUUUAUUCAGCAGUACAAGUUUCAGGAACGAAUAUUCUUGUCCAGUCUUGAGGAGCUAGUGAAUAGUAAGGUUCUACAUGGGACACUGUCAGGUAGACAAGAUAACGCUACAUAUAUCCCUGAUAUCUACACAAAGUCUCAGAAUGAAUGGGUGGACAGCUUUUACAAACAAAAUGGCUACCUUGAAUAUGAUGCAUUAAAAAGAUUGGGAAUCUCUGAUCCAAAAGAUUUUAUAAAGAAACGCUUCAAAUGUGAGCACAUGAUUUAUCUCGGCACAUGUUGCAUGGGGCGUGCACUACAGGAACAGGUAGAGGCUAGUAUGGAGGAGGCUCUGGCUGACGGUACCUGGGUUGAUAUAAUGCCAUUACUUCCAUCUGUGUUUAGUGCAAAAGAUGCCAACACUCUACUAUUGGGAUGUUUGAAGGGUCAUUCAGGGGCCAUGGUAUGCUGUGAGACAGUAGUUGCCAGUGAUAAACUUAUCUCACAAUGUUCAAAACCAUUUCCACAACUCAUGGCCAUGAAAGCAGAAAAGGAUGCGAAGAGUCACUCAGUGUUUAGAGGGGUACUGGAAGCUGGUGAGCCAGGAACCAUUAAGUCUGAAGGACCUACAGGCAAUACAAAAGAGGAUAGAAAAGAUCAAAGGCGUAAAAAGGCAACAGUUGGAAGUGGCAAUACAAAAUCUGGCGGAGGAACACAGGGCCGAGAAAUAAAAACUAAGGCAGUGAAGAAAAAAGGUUACAAAGGUCGUGACCAUGACAAUGAUUCUGAUGAGGAAAUGGCAGCCAAACCAAAGUCAAGGUCAACAGAAAUAGAGUUUAUGACCUUAGAAGAGAUUGCAGACGUAUUGAAAAAAGAUGUCUCUCUGAGAGAUUGUCCAGAUGAACUAAUUUCAGAAAUUGCUCAACAGUUGAUCAGACCACUAACCAAAGAGUACCAAGAUGUUGCCAAAUCAAUAUAUCUUCAGACUUCAGGGGCAUCUAGUCAUGAAAGAAAGAAAACACAUGGAGAAUUGAAUGAAAAAUUAGUUGGCUUGUGGACAAAUGUUAGGUUAUUUGAAAAAGGAUUAAAAUUAUUUAAUGAUGAGACACAGACAAAUCUAGUACGGCAUUUAUUAAGGACAGUAUGCACAGAUAUAACAAAUGUAGUGCUGAAUUCUGUAGCCACUGACCAAAUGUUAUCUAUUGCUGACGAAACAAAGUUUACUAACGAGAGUCGUGUCAAACUAAUAGGAAAAUUGCCCAGCAAUAUUCAAGGAGAUUUACAGAAAUUAAACACUUCAUUAAAUGGAAAGUCAUUAGAUGAUUUUUUCAAUGCAUUAGAUGUUUUGUGUGGUCCUUCGCAUUUGAGUAUACUAUUCAAGAAACCAGACAAAAAGAAAGAAAGACAGUUAACAUUCAGCCACAGGCAAGCAUUGUGUGAACAGCUGACCAGCGAGACAGAUGCAGCAAUGACACUACAUCUAGCAUGUGUUGUAUUAUUCCACAAGUUUACACAGUGUAUAUUACAUGUUCCUGGUAAAUGUGUCCCACAGAUCAUCUUGUUCCUGAAGGACCAUAUGGAGCCAGAAAAAUUCAAGGAGUUUACUACACUACAAGACCUUGUGAUAGCUCAGCUACAGAAGCAACAGUCGGCAGAAAAUGAUGAAGGUCAUGAGGCUCAGAUGAUAGAGGAAACUGUAGCCAAGGUCAAGGACAUUGCCUUGACAACCAAAAAAUCUACACAGAAUGUGGCUGCCGCAGAGGAUUAAAUGAUAACCUUGAGUAUGUUUAUGGUGACAUUUUGAAUUUCAAGGUCAGGACACUGAGACUAUACAGGGAAACUUUAGGCAAGUUCAAGAAAAUCAACUUGACAACAAAAAAUAUUCAUACAAUACAUAGCUGAAGGAAAGGGUUAAAUAAUCAUCUUGUGUAUGUGUAGUGACAUUUUAAAUGAAUCAAGGUCUAGACACUGAGAUUAUAGAUGAAACUUUAGCCAACAUCAACGUCAUUGACAACAAAAAAAUCCACUCAAAAUGUGGCUGCAACAGAGGAUUUAAUUUUGAGGGGUUAGAGCCAGAACGUGAUAAGAGCAUUUUUUUAAAACUUUCAAGAAAAUUGAAAAAGAAUAUUUUGUAAAACUUUUAAUUGAAGGAGAAUAUCAAUGUGAUAUAUGAUCAUAUGAGAGCAAGUACUCACAAGAAAACAUACAAAAAUCAAGAAACACCAAUGCUUAAAAUAAAAUGUUUUUGGUGAAAAUUUGUACAUAUUUCCUUUUGGUGUAAAAUGAAUUCGUUGAUUAUUUGAAAUUACUCAAAAUAAAAAAUAAACACACA